AUGGCCGAAUCCGGUGACCAAAAGCCGACGAUUUGUCAAUUUCAGCAGAGAAGAGGAGAGUCUCUCGUCGGAGUACAACUGAAAGUUGAGGAAGUUGCAAAACCUCUGAGUCAGAAAGAGGGUCCCGGCCAACUCAUGAACCGGCCGCGUCGACCCGCAAUCCUAGCGUUUCUGGAUCAAACGCGCCACGUCAUCAAUGACAUGGCAACAAAAUGCGUCACAAGCCCAAUCACCUGUGGCCUGAUCUUUGAAUCGAGAAGAACCUUUUUUAAAACUCGUACCAGUGAAUCAGCUAUUGGAGAAGGGAAUUAG